GUUAUAAAAAAAGUCCAGAGAGCAAAACGCUUAAUCUCAUUGGUUUGUUUGUCACGUGUCCAUCGGUUACCACUAGUACAUCUGGGAAGAAGAGAUUCAGAGUGACUCACCUCAUUAUGGAGGAUUCCAUUGAGAUCAUGCUGCAGGACCACAUGAGCCGGUUUAGUCAUUAUCAUUGCGGUCAGAACCUCACACUGCAGAUUGGAUCGGCCUUCGCUGGUGUCUAUGGGCUCUGGGCCAUGUUUUGUAUGCCUGGACUUAGGGUCCCUUUUAGACUGAAGGUCCCAUUUUUACCUUCAACAAAAGAACAAACCGUAAAUGUCAUCAAGCUUCUAGAUGGACGAAAAGGCCGCCUGGCUGACCUGGGAUCGGGCGAUGGACGUUUGGUGUUUGCUGCAUCAUCUGCAGGAUUUCAAUGCACAGGCUUUGAAAUAAACUCAGUGUUAUUAGCCUAUUCAAGGAGUAAAGCAUGGUGGCGUGGCAUACCACACAAUGACAUUCAUUUUGUCAGUCAGGACUUCUGGCGGACCGACCUGUCCAAAUACAAUAAUGUGACCGUGUUUCUGGCUCCUGCAGUGAUGGAGGUUCUGGAAGAGAAAUUGUUAAAGGAACUUCCUGAGGAUGCCCGAGUCAUUGUGUGUCGUUUCCCGUUUCCUCGCUGGCCCCACAGCUGCACUGUAGGAUCUGGACUAAACCAGGUCUGGGCUUAUGAUGUCCACACUGCUAAAGAGUUAACCAAUACAGCUCCUCACCGAUCACAGGCCUGAAUCAAUCCGUCACUAUCAAGCAAUCCAAUCCAUUUCAAGCCUGUUUAUGGACACGCAUCUAACAAAAAAAAAAUGUGUAUAAGCUACCAAAUGUGACAUAAAUCCCACGCUUCAAAAUCAGGAUAUGAUGAAUAAUAAUUGUCAUAAUUAUAUUGUAAGAUUUCAUUUAUUUAACAUUGUAAGAUUCCGAUAAUGAGGAUUUAAUAAAAACAUAAACUUCCAAAAUUUUGGAAGUGUAUAACUAAAUAAAUGUUUCAUGUUCAUGCAUUUUUAAUCAUUUCAUGCCAUCUAACUAAAAUAUUUGACCUUGCAUGCUAUUUUAAAUGUGGUUGGGAUGUUUUUGGGUUAUGUUUCAUCAUAUUCUUAUGAAUCUCUUAUGGUCUUUAUAAGGUCAACAUGAUUUACAACAUAAGAUCUGUCGCAUUUACAUACUCCAGAUUGUCCACCCUGAUGCCUUUGAUCAUUAAUGGUGCAGGUUAAACACUAAAAUGCUUGUGUGUUUGUUAUUUCUACCAAACAAAUAAUCCUACACACAAACUUGAAUGUGUUACUCAAUUGUUAAUAUAAAUAUUUUCCAGUUGAAUUUAACUAAAUAAAUGAGUCAGUCUAUAAACACUUUAUAUUUCAAGUAAUCUACUUUCUUAGAACAGCAAGAACACACUUGAACUAAUGCAAUACAGAAGUAAACAUUUCCCUCACUUCUGAAGAUCACUUUAAAUGCAAGAAUUAUGUAAAAUGUGCUACAUUCAUUUGCAUAUAAUAUAAUUUUAUGAUUUAAUUUUAGCAACUUGUGCCUGUUUGUUUAUUUCUUUGUUGAAACGAGUUAGUC